UUUCUGUCGGCUGUCAUCGCCUGUGAGCGCUGUUUCUGUGUCGUCAGUCCCCUCCACGCCAAGCGGCUGCUGAAGACGUCCACCAUGACCGCCAUUGUUGUCGUCUGCUGUGUCGUGUUGGUGGGAGGGAUGCUUGUUAUUGUGAUUCCCAAACACACCGUCGGCUUUAUGUACGAUCCUACUGCCAACAUCACCAGGUCUUUCCUAACGGUGACACAGUACUACAAAGAUAAUAAGGAAGUUAGUGACAUAUUCGACAUCAUUAUCUACGCCACGACACUACCAAUCACCUACUUUAUCGUCAUAGGGGUCUGCACUUCCAUCACCGCCAUGAAACUACAGACCGCUGUUAAACAGAGAAAGUCGAUGACAAAGGUGACGACUGGGACACAGAAGACUGUACAUCUCGGGACUAGUAUGUCGAGUAAAGAGGUGGCAGUAACCCGGAUGUUGAUCGGGACCUCCAUUCUGUUUUUGGUGUGUAUGAUUCCCAAUAUUGGUCUUCAGAUCUUCUCUCUCCUUCUACGAGAGUUGAUUUCCACCGGCGUGUAUUCUAAUCUGAAUCUAGCCCUGUGGUAUUUUAUCUUCAUGUGCCGUGGCAUCCGCUCGUCUGUAAACUUCUGUGUGUAUUACAUCAUGGGGUCAAAGUUCAGGGUGUCGGUACACUCUUUAUAUCUAUGCGUCGGACAAACGUCAAAGGGCAAGGGUUUGAAUAACGGCGUCAAGAAAGUCAAUAUUUUUGGUAAACAUCUACCUUUCACCCAGGGUGUCGUGAAUUAUAUUUAAACUGAAGAUACAGUUUUUUAAGUGUAUUGUUCAACAAUAUUUAUCCAGACGUCAUAUUCUUUUAUUCACUAUACAUAAAGCUUGACUUUGUUCUACGCUUUUCUGAGUCCCGUGCAAUGAACACAAAUCCUUGCUUGCUACUAUUCGAAAUAUUUUUAGCCAAAUACAAUAAGAAAUAGGUACACAACAUAUAAACAAUACCAAAACUUUAACCAAAAGAGCUACAAA